GUUUACAUCUGUCAUUAUAGUGUUUUGGUUGUCGUUUUUGCCAAUUUUUGUUUAAUAAUCAUAAUAGAUGUAGUUCUUCAUUUAUUAUAAAGGUUUUGUUUUCUUCAAUAUCUUAAUUUUAUUACUGAGUGACGGAAUGUAUAUUAAAAGUUGUGUAUAAUAAUUGUUAAAAUUUUCCGGUAAUUUUAAGUUGAACCAGUAACUAUAAAUUGAAGUACAUAAUUUUUCUGAAAUAUUAUCGAAAAGAGAAAAAAAAAAAAAAAAAUGAGUCUAUCAGAUGAUGCAGAUAUGUUUGCGAGUGACGAUGAAUUUAUGCCAAAAAUCAUUAAAGAAAAUCCUAUUCAGGAUAAAUUUUUUACUGAAUUACAUAAUGUUGAGGAACGAAUUGAUCAAGCGACAAAUAAUAUCCAAGAGUUUCAGACAUUAAUUAAAAAUAAUUAUAAUCGAUUUGCAUAUCGUGUAAAAUAUGGAGAAGAACUUGAAAAUAAUUUUCAAGGAGAGUGGGUUACAUACUCAGGUGAACCGUUAAUUGAAUCUCAAAAAGAAAUAGUCAAAUGUUAUCAGCCUUUAACUGUUCGUUAUUUUCAUCAAUAUAUAAUCGAUGAUAAGUGGAUAGUAUUAGUUGCUCUUCGUAAUGCGACUAAUUGGAGGUUAAAAGAUUUGAGAUUUUAUGUCGCUUUAAAAGAUGAUAAAGAACUUCAUGGAACGUCGACAUUUUGGAGUCUUGCUCAUGAUUCAAUUUGGAAUACAACAAAAAUAAUAGAACCAAAUUCAAAUUUAGUUGUAGCAACUGCAGUAUUUAAUGUACCGCCAUUUAUUGGAAGUGAAAUUGUUGAUGCAUCUGGUAUUAUUUUAUAUGAGGCUGUAAAGAAACAUUAUCAAACUGUUGUGCCAAAUUUCAAUUUAUCAGUAAACAAUACAAUUAAUGAAAAAUUAAGUCCACAAUUUGAUAAUCAACCUGAAAAUAGUAUUCUUGCAUUGAAAGCAAUUUCUGUGGAAAAAAUUUUAUCAUUUAAUAUUCAGUUUCCUGAUGCUUGCGAAAGAUUUAUGGAUUUUUUACAAAAAUAUUCAUUUAUACAGAUUUUUGAAGAUAUUCAAAUAGUUAAAAAUGGUGGUACUUUGCAGUAUUGUAUUUUAGAAAUGCUUUCAAUUACUCCAGAUGAAAUUACAGUGAGAAUAUUGGCCAGGCAUGUAUUUCAAUUAACUAUCGUUUUGUCACUUCUGCGAAAGGAAUUUCCUGAUGUUCCUGAACUUGAAACAAAAGAGAAUCUUAAGGAUUCAGCAGAGAUUCUUCUUGAGGAAAUGCGGCUUUAUUUAGCUAAUGCAUCUCAGGCACAAAUACAAAGAGCACAAAUUAAUACUGAUUAUUUUAUUCCUUAAUUUCUUUUUUUUUUCAUUGAGGAUUAAAAUUUCUUUUUUGUUUCAUUAAAACAAAUUUAUUUCUUUCAGUAUUUUUUUUUUUGCACAAAAGUUGAUGUAUUUUCGUUAUAUGUGUGUGAAUUUUUUUUUUUUGCUCGAUUAGGUAUUUUUUUUCAGGAAUGUUAGUGUGAAAUAAAUAAUAAUUGUCUAAAUAGCUUCUCUUUAGGUUAAUGAAAGUAUAAUUCUGCCGUCCAAAGUAAAAAAAAGCCGUAAACAACAAUGUUUUUAUUGUUAGUUAUAUACUUUUUUUUACUUUGGAAGAAUUCGUAGUUGUUGUUGUAUUUUUUUUUUGGAGAAAGGAAACGUUUAUUUUUUUUGUUGUUGUUUUUUACAAAACCGAAAAUAUAUGCGAUUCAUCUACUAUUAAAUACGACGGUCCUAUUUUUUGUUGAUCUGCCUCCAUUAUCAGAAAAUUCGCAUAUGAUUCAAGGUAGAGAGUGAUUUUCGAAAUAAUGAAAAACAAGGGAAAUGUGAGUGAUCUAAUAAGUGUCUAAUAAGUGGACGGGCGAAGUUGAGUAAUAUGUAUUGCCACUGAAAGUUUUACAAAUUUGAUGAUCAAUCCUUUCAUCUUCUAAUAGAAGCAGUUUUGUUUUUCUUUAUAACGUCGUAUAAUGCAACGCGAUGUAUAAAUUGCGAAAUCUAUUAUUUUUUCUUCGCUUAUUACAUUUUCACUUAAGAUUUUUUUUUUUUGGUUUUUAAUUUUUUAUCUCUUCUAUAUUUUUUGCGAAUAUUCGACUAUAAUUCGCGUAUUACAUAUCAAAUAUACCAUCUUGAAAUUGUGGUAAUUUUUUUUUUUAUGCACGUCACUUUGUUUCUAAUAUAUACAUACGCCACGAUAAUGCUGCUGCUUUUUUGUAUCUUUUUUUUUGUAUAGACUGCGCUUUUUUUUAUUAUACAUACGUGUGUGUUUAUUUCUUUUUUUUUGGGUUUAUUAUUAAUAAUAUACUUCUCUUCGCAUUUUUUUAUCGAUAUUAUCUCAGCUAAGGCAUUCAGUAUGGCAAGUACAUAUAUGUAAAGAUAAUUCCAAUGCGCGAAUUCGUUUUUUUUUUGUAGUAAAUAUAAAGAAAUGCAAAUUUUCGUCUAACGCUUUUUUUUCUAUAAUUAUAAUAUUUUUAUAUAUAUAUAUAGUCGAAUUAAAGAUUGUUGUUGUGUUUGUGUGUUUAUUGAGUUUGCUUAUAUAAUUCCUCUGUUCGAUUCGAUCAACGAAUUAUCUCGAUUCGAUUAAAGAAUUUCUUUUUGGAUUUGAUUUCAGUUUUUUUUUUUUUUAUUUUGUCCUUCACGGAAAAAAUUCUAUAGAAUAACGAUCUAUCUAGCACCAGCACGUGCAAAUGGAGUAUGAAGCAGUUGUAACAAUUUGAGUUUUACACAUUUUCGCUUCAGGACAUACUUCCUUUCUUACAUACUUUCGCACUUAUACGUAUAUAUAUAAUAUAUAUGUUUACUAUAUAAUGCAAAAUUGUAUAAUACACGCGUGUGAAUAUAUUUAUAAUAGGAGAAUUUAAUGGUGAAGCUAACGCGACUAAUAGAAAAAUCAAUAUCACGUGGUCAAUUUUCAUUUUUUUUUUUUAAAUUACAUUUUGCUAGCCUAGACCACAAACCACCAAUAAAUUCUCCUGCUGUACAUGUACUCGAAGUAUGUACAAUAAUUUCUUUUUAUCACUUGAAAUUUUUUCUUAUUCAUGAUAAAUUAUUUUUUUCCUUUUCCAGAAAUUUUCUUUUUAAAUUAUAAUUUUAAGUCAAAAAAAAAAAAAAGGAAAAUUUUUUGAUUAAUUGAAUUGUAAUGGUGAUAAAAAUAAAUAUAUUGUACAUACUCACGUGUGUAAAUCAAUUUGCGGAAUCACGUGUGCGCUUUAGGGCAUCGCACAUAAUUUUUCUUUUUUUUUUUUUUUGGUAGAAAAUUGACUCUAGGGUGAUUAUUUUACAAGGCGUUCUACUUGGCUUUUUCUCAUUGUUGUCAGUUUCUCAGCUCAUGAUUAAAUGAAAAGAAAAAAAAAUUAUAAACAAAUAUACAUUCGAUUUUCGAAUCGAUAAAUGAGCGUGCUCGAAAAAUUCGUUUAAAAGAAAAAUUUUUUGGUGAUGCGAUUAUUUGUGGUUUCAGUUUUUUUUUCUUCUUUAGAAAGUAUUUAUAAGUUUGAGAGCACGAAGUGAAUACACUUUAAGGCACAUCUAAAAUAGCUACUGUGCUUUGAUGAUUUCCUCAGUGAUAAAAUGAAGAAAAAUUCUUUUCAGUACCAUACAUAUUUUUAUAGAUUUUUCUGUUAGAGAAAAAAAUUGACAAUCGACAAUAUCUUAUUCAUUUUUAUCGUCGCACUUUUUAGGCCUCAAUUACUGAAACAUCUUAUCGAAUUUUCAAUGAAUUUUUCUUUUUAUUCUAUAUUUGGUCGAGAAACAAUUUUUUGAAUUGGAAACUUUUUUCAAGUUUAGAGAAUUUUUUUUUUUUUAUUUUGUAUUUUUCUUUUUGUUGCGGGAAACUUUUUUAAAUUAAGGAACUUUUCUCUAAGUUAAUUCUUUUGGAAAAACUUCAAAACUUUUUUAUUGUUUUAUUAACUGAAGUUUAAUUUUUUUUUUAUUUAUAUUAUUUUAUUAACAACUUUUUUAAUUUUAGAAACUAUUGGGAUUUUUUAAAUAACAAAAAUAUUUUUAUAGUAAUAAUAAUAAUUUUCUUAAUUAAAGAUAUUUUUUUUGGGAAAAUUUAACAAUUUUUCUUUCCUAUUUUAGAAACUUUUCAUUUACUAAAAAAUUUUUUAUAUAACAAUUUCAAUUUUAAUUAAAAAAUCUCUCCUAAUAAUUUUCACUGUUUUUUAUAAAUUAAUUAACUUAUCAAUAUUUUUUAAUUAAUAAUUGUAAUAAAUUUAUAGAAAAGUUCUCUAACUUUUUUUUUUUUUUUUUUAGAAAUUUUUGUGCCAGUUUAAAAAUUUUACAAAGUUUAUAUAGAGUUUUAAAGGAAAUGAAUAAAGUUUCGAAAAUCGAAUGUCUUUUUUUGACCAGAAUCACCGUGUAAAAUAGAUCAAGAGAUUCUCAUGAAUGAGAUUCCUAAUAAGCUUAUUAGCAUUCAAAUCGUCCACAUAUUAGACAGGCGUGAGAUUGUUUUUUUUUCAAUUAUUGAAAUUUCGCAUUGCCCUUGAAACCGGAAACGGAUAAAAUGACAAAAAAAAAUUUUACUUCCCAGAAUAAUUAUCUCGAUUCUAUAAAAGUUUUGAAAUUUUUAAUUGGACUGUUUUUCAUGAAAUAUAUUAUAUAUAUAUAUAUAUAUACAGAAUCGAGUUAUAUUUCAUCAUAUAUUAAAACACUGGUAGAAUUUAUUUUCAUUCAGCGACACGAUUUUCAUUAAUUAUUUAUAUAAUAAUAGCAGAGAAAAAAGUGUUCAUCGUGUUAUUAUAAUCUAUAAAUUUUUUUUCGAUACGUUCAUAUAAUAAUAAUUAAUAUAAAAGAAUUUCCUGAUAUGCAAGAUUUUUUGAAUGAACGUUUAAAAGUCUUGAGUGCCCUAAGAAUUACAAGCUCUUUAUUAUAAUACAUUAUUAUAUAUUUAGUGAGAUGUCACACCUUUUUGGCGUCUUUAUUUUUUUUUUUUUUGGAAUUUAUUUUUUUAUAAGGCUUUUUUCGAAUUUGACUUUUCGUGACUUUUUUUUAUUUACCAUUUCCGGUUUUUGGACGACCGUAUAUUUGCCAAUAUUUUCACACCGUCUUUUAUAAUUCUGUCGUUCAGUUCUUUUACAAAAAUUAUUUGUUUCUCUCAUUUUCUCUCUUGCACUCUAAUUUUUUUCAAUUACGCAUCACGCCUUUUUUUUUUUUUAAACGCACAACUAACUUUUUUCGUAUCUUUGAAAUUCUUACGUUCGCUAUUUAGUAUCCGUAUUCAUUAAUAUUAACAUAGUACUUUUCUUUAUCAGUAGCAUUGGUAAUAACAUUUUUUUUUUUUAUUAUUAUCUAAUAGUAUCUAAUAGUAGCAGUAAUAGUUAGCAUACAAUGUCGAGUUAAUCUUCAUUUCGUUUCUCGCUCCAUUUCGAAAUAAUUGCAAUUUUGUUUGUUGUUUUUUUCAUGUGACAAAAAUAUAAUAGUACGUUUAUUUUGUUAAUUAACGUACUAUUAUUAAUGUCGUAAAUUUACAAGGCGAUCGAAGAUGCAAAUUGAAGGCAAAACUAUCACCCUUUUUUUCAGGAAAAAAAUAAUUUUCUUUAUUUUAAUCUUUCUCUCUCUUUCAUGCUCUCUCUCGCUCUCACUGCCUUUUAUGUUUUACAUAUUUAUACGUGUUAAUACGUGCGAGAAUUUUCAAUCUCUAUCUCAGGAAGUAUGUACAAUAUAUGCAAUUAUAUGUAUAUAUAUAUUUUUUUUCUUUUUGGUAUGGAUGCAAGUUUAUUUAAUUCAUAUGUGCAAAUAAUAAAGCAAUCUUGUAAACUUUUCUCAGAUUCUUUAUAAUAUACAUUAUUUCGUCAGUUUUUCAUUUUAAACUUGGUUCAGGAAGAGUUUAUAUUAAUCUAAUAACGUCUAACAAUUUUUAGUCAAUCCUCGAACAAAUUUUAUAUAUAUUUUUUUCAAUUUUUUUGCAAAAAAUUAAUUAAUUAUAAAUUGUUAUUUUUUCGAGUUAUAGUUUUUUUAAUAUUAUAAAUAUUGAAUGAGAUAAUUAUUGAAUUUAAUUAAAAUAUAAUAAUUUAAUUAUAUAUAAUAAAAUUUAAAUAGUAACAAUAAAAUUUAUCUAACAAUUAAAAAUUUAUGUAAUAACAAUUAAAUUUAUUUAAUAACAAAUGUAAAUUUAUUUUAUUUCAUUAAAUAAUUGAUUUAAUUAAUAAUUUUAAUAAAUUCAAUAUGCAAGAGGAUUGACUUUUUAAAAAAUAUAAACAGUGUGAUUAGAAUGAAAAUUAAAAAUAAAACGCGCAGCAUUUUUAAUAAGAAAUUAAUUGACAAAAAAAAUAUAAAUAAUUACUAUUAUUAUUAUUAUUAUUAUUUGCGAACUAGAAACGUCUCAGGGAUUGAAUGAAGAAAUUUGAAUAUUUUCGAGAAAAAAAAUUUUGUUCAGUAAGGAAUGAAAAUUACGAUUUAAGAAAUGAAUUAAAAUUUUUGAAUUGAUUAAAUUAAUAAUUAAACAAAAAAAUUUGUUUAUAAGUUCAUAAAGAAAUAAUGUUAAAAGAAAGUUAUUUGAAAAAAAUUUCUGGCAGCUAAAUUUAUUUUAGCAAAAAUUGAAUAGUAUUUAUUUUCAUUGAAAGAAUGUUUAAGAAAAAUUUUCAAAUGUUUUUUUGUAAGUUUCAUUCCUUUAAAUGAAAAUUUUUUUUAGGUCCCUUGUUUCGAAUUAAUAUUAAUGUUAUUAUUAUUAUUGUUAUUAUUAUUAUUAAUAUUAUUAUUGUCGUUAAAAUUUGCUAAAAUUUGAUAAAUAAAUUGUUCAUUUUGUUCUUCAGACCUGAGACGUAUAUAAAUUUUGAUUUAAUGAAUCGCAUUGGCGAAUAAUGAAAACUUAAUUAUAUAUAUAUAACAGCAGAGGGACUUAAAUAAGGCAUUUUUUUUAAAAAAAAGGUAAAAUAAAAAAAAAUGCAUUCUAAAAUCAUAUAUAUAUAUAUAUAGCAACUUGAAUGUACAGUCAAUAUUUUUUUGUAAUUCCUAAUAAUGCAUUUGUGGUAGCAAUCAUUGCUAUAGCAAUCGUAACAAUAAUAAUUUACUUAAUAAUAAUAUUUAUAGCGCUCUCUUAUUUAUUUUACACACUGCUUUCGUUUAACGUAUUAUAUAAAGUUUCUCUCAAUCCCUGAUUCUUUUGUCUCUGAAUGUUUGUCUCAACAAUGUCAAAACUCUAAAAAAAAGAAAGUCCAAAGAACAUUCAACAAGUUAACAAGUCUUUGGACUUAAGAGUCAUUAUCCUUUCUUUUCUAUAUUAUAUCUCUUACCCUGAUUUCAUCCUUGAACCUAAGUCACUCAAACUGAAAAUAUUCUUUAGAUUAAUAUCACUGUUUUAUUUUCUCUGUGAUGCUAUGGACUUUUUUUUCUUUUUUUUUUUUAAUGAAAAGAUUAAAACAAAAAAGCCAGUUCUGAUCAUUAAUGAAGUUAUUUUUUCCAAAAAAAAUUGAUUGAACUUUUAUUUUGAAUUUUUAUAUAGAAAAUGUUUUUUUAUUCACAGAAAAUUAAAAGUCAUUAAAAUAAUCUGCAACGCUUAUUAUUUUAAUCCAAUUUUGAUUAUUUUAAUCAAUUUGGUAUUAAAAUAAGCAAAAUUGGAUUAAAAUAAUAAGCGUUGCAGAUUCUUUUAAUACCUUUUAAUUUUCUGUGUUUUUCCAAAAUAUAAAAAUCAAACUAUUCUUAUAUAAAUAUUUAUAAACCGAAUGUAUUUCUUUUAAAUUAAGAGGAUUUCCCUUUUAAAAUUCUUUUAAUCAAUCUCCUCUUAAAUUGAGUCAUCUUUUUUUAUUGAAAAAUAUUUUCAUUUUUAGAGGAAAUUUAAAAAAAAAAAAUUCAGAAAGAAAAUAUUUAUUUCAAUAUAUGAGAUUAUUGUUGAAAAGUAUAAUUAAAAAAUCGUUUAAUAAAGAAAAAAAUAACUUCAUUUGUGGCCUUUUAAAAAUUUGAAUAGAUUCCCUGAAAUAUUUUAUUUCUAUAUUAUUUAUAUAUAUAUAUAUGCAUAUUCUUGAUUAAAUAAGGAAUUAAUAAUAAUAAUUAUUCUAAAGGUCAGUUCGAGAGACUAAUAAAAAGCGAUAAUUCGCACUCAAUCUUGUUCGUCUAAAAAUUAUCUCAAUCUUUCUCACUUGAAGCUAAAAGAAAUCGUUUUUAUUUUUUUUUUCUUCUAAGAUAUGAAACUCUUUCUGGAAAAAUCACAAUUUUACGCAUCGAUUUUUUUUCACAUUAUUAGGAAUAGAUCCACGAUGGACACAGUAUUCGCUUAAAUUCCUAGGCCUACUUUACUUCGUAACGAGAAGAAUCGUCUAUUUUUUUUUUUUUUUUUUUGCUUUUUUUUUUGUUUUUUAAUU